AUGAAUGUUGUUUGGUAUGAUGGAUUCAAAAAAAAAAAAACACUAUCAGGUCCAUCAAAAGAACACCAACAGGAAUUAGAAGUUUUCAUAAGUGAUCUUAUACAUGAUAUCAAUGAAUAUGAUGAAAUAUUGAAAGAUGCUGAUAUUCGAGAGAUUAGUGAAAGUUCUUUUGAUGACCAAGAAAUUUUUGAGCAGAAUAAUUUAGUGAAAUUGAUAGUAACUAUAGUGAGGAGGAAAAAAAUAAUGAGUAAGAAGAAAGUGAAAGUUUCUGACAGUGGCAGUAACAAGAGUAAUAGUAAUGAAAAUCAUGUAAUAUCAGUAGUUGUUGAACACCAUGUUGUUGAGGGAUUACAAACAAUUGAUGAAGAAGAAGGUGGUGGUGGUGGUGAAAAUCAAGAUGAUAUAUCUGAAGGUGGACAAAGAUACACUACUCAUUGGGCUACUAAAUGGACCAAAGAGGAAACAUCAAUUCUUUAG